AUGGCGGCGGUCCUGCUACAACAUGGAAGUCGCUACAGUAAAUACAUUAAUAGAGAGCGUUUGUGGUCUCUGUCCUUCCGUGGUAAAGGUUCAGAUUUCAGGACGGACAGGAAACUUUUCAAUACUCGGAUAUCAAGAAGUCCGACAUGUGUCAGAUGUCCAGGGUCGCCGUGUGUCCAGCAGUUCAAGUCAGGUCUACACACAGGAAUCACUCAGCAAAUCCUAAACAGACCCCUGACUCUGACGUUUCCUGGGCUGAGCAAAUCAAUCUUCAAAAAUAAUCUAAACAGUGACCCAGCAGCAUUGUGGAGAAUUCUUGCAGGUGGUAUAAAUUAUUUCAGCACAUCAUCUAAAAGACAACAGAAGAAAGAUGGAUCAAAAGGGAGGUCACCUAAAGAAGAGGAAGAGGAGAAGAAGCGACGUGAACAGGAAGACCAGAUGUAUAAGGAGCGACUGCGUACUCUCUUCAUUAUAGCCGUGAUUAUGAGCCUGCUGAACUCCUUCACUGCCAGCGGAGGAACCAUCUCCUGGAAUGACUUUGUGAACGAGAUGCUGGCUAAAGGCGAGGUGUCCCGGGUGCAGGUGGUGCCAGAGAGCGAGAUCGUUGAGAUCUACCUUCAUCCUGGAGCUGUGAUCUUCGGAAGACCGAGGCUUUCUCUGAUGUACCGGAUGCAGGUGGCCAACAUUGAUAAGUUUGAGGAGAAGCUGCGUGCUGCAGAGAAUGAGCUCAAUAUCGACUCUAAGGACAGAAUACCGGUGUCCUACAAGCGUACAGGCUUCUUUGGAAAUGCUCUCUACGCUCUUGGCAUGGCUGCUGUGGGUGUUGGGAUCCUGUGGUACAUUUUCCGCCUGGCAGGAAUGGGUGGAAGAGAAGGUGGAUUCAGUGCUUUUAACCAGUUAAAAAUGGCAAAGUUCACUAUUGUUGAUGGGAAAUCAGGAAAAGGCGUGAGCUUUAAAGAUGUAGCAGGGAUGCACGAGGCCAAGAUGGAGGUGAAGGAGUUUGUGGACUACCUAAAGAAUCCUGACAGAUACCUGCAGCUGGGGGCGAAAGUACCCAAAGGUGCACUGUUACUUGGGCCACCUGGCUGUGGCAAAACCUUGCUGGGUAAAGCAGUAGCGACCGAGGCGCAGGUGCCCUUCCUCGCCAUGGCAGGCUCUGAGUUUGUGGAGGUGAUUGGAGGCCUUGGUGCUGCGAGGGUACGGAGUCUGUUUAAAGAGGCACGGGCGCGCGCACCCUGUAUCGUCUAUAUCGACGAGAUCGAUGCUGUCGGCAAGAAACGAUCUACCAACAUGUCGGGUUUCAGCAACACGGAGGAGGAGCAGACGCUCAACCAGCUGCUGGUAGAAAUGGACGGAAUGGGUACCACUGAUCAUGUGAUCGUCUUAGCGUCCACCAACAGAGCGGACAUUUUGGACAACGCACUGAUGAGACCAGGCAGGCUGGAUAGACACAUAUUUAUUGACCUACCUACUCUACAGGAGAGAAAGGAGAUCUUUGAGCAGCACUUGAAAAUCCUGAAACUUUCCCAACCUGCUGAGUUCUACUCCCUGCGCCUGGCUGAGCUCACACCAGGCUUCAGCGGUGCUGAUAUUGCAAACAUAUGUAAUGAAGCUGCUCUCCAUGCAGCACGCGAGGGUUACAAAUCCAUCGACACCUUCAACUUUGAAUAUGCAGUGGAGAGGGUUAUUGCAGGCAGUGUGAAGAAGAGUAAGAUCCUGUCUAAGGAGGAACAGAGGGUGGUGGCCUUCCACGAGUCGGGCCACGCUCUCGUCGGCUGGCUUCUGGAACACACAGAGGCCGUCAUGAAGGUAUCUAUUGCUCCCCGGACGAACGCGGCUCUGGGUUUUGCUCAGAUUCUUCCAAGGGAUCAGUACCUGUUUACCAAGGAGCAGCUGUUUGAGAGAAUGUGCAUGGCUCUGGGUGGAAGAGCUUCUGAAGCCAUAACCUUUAAUAAGGUCACAACAGGUGCUCAGGACGACCUUAGGAAGGUGACGCGCGUCGCCUAUGCUAUGGUAAAACAAUACGGCAUGGUGCCCAGUGUGGGUCAGGUGUCGUUUCCGGAUGCCGAGGAGCAGGUUGGCAUCGGACGCAGGCCUUUCAGCCAGGGUCUCCAGCACAUGAUGGACCAUGAGGCUAAGAUGAUUAUCGCACGUGCAUAUCGACAUACAGAGAAACUGCUCCUGGAUAACAAAGAUAAACUGGUUUUGUUGGCUAACACACUGCUGGAGCGUGAGGUGAUAAACUACGACGACAUGGUGGCCCUGCUUGGCCCCCCACCACAUGGACCCAAAAAGAUGAUCGCCCCUCAGAGCUGGAUUGAAGCUGAGAAGGACAAGCAGGACACGGAGGAGGAGGAGCCUCGCAGACCCCCCAGAGCCCCAGGGAAGGACGAAGAGGAGGAGGAUGUGAACUUGGGGCCGGCUUAAAUCUUCUCGCGUGCACGACGCACCCCGUUAUGUUUUGGGGCGGAGUUUCUUCUGAAAACGUGCCUGUUGGAGGAAUCUGAUCGAAUGGUAGAAGACCGGCAUGUAGAUCACAAACCGAUAGGCUUCUGCUGUAUUAACAGGAAAGUUCAGCACAUGUAAAGAUUCACUCUUAAGUUGUACUAUUAUAUGGACUGUAAACACUAAACGAGCUAUGCUAAUAAGAAUCCCAGGCACAGUUUUGUUUUAAUGCAAUGCAGCAGUUCAAAGCAGAUGCCAGCUUAACUUAUCAUACUUUUUGUUCAAUAGGAACACAAAAUACAGUGGUGUUGGCAUCAUUUAUUUAUAUGUCAUUGGUAUUUGAAGAGACUUAAAGCAGUGCUUUGUGGAUUUAGGAAUAAUAACAGUAUGUGAUUGAGAACAAGCAACUGUAAUCUGGUAAAGAAAUGUGAGAGUUUUGCUACUUUGAAGUGUAAAUAUGUUGUAAUAUUGUGAAAGUGAAACAUUGAAGUGCUAAACUAAAAAAUGAAUUUAUUUUGAACCAAAUAAAUGUACUUUACAAAAUAAAUCAACGCUGUUUUGUAAGAAAUAAAUAAUAAAACAA